AACCCCGAGUCGAGAUUUCGGGCGAUCGACGACUUGUUAUCAGACAACGAGCAACGAGAGGAAGCACGCAAUCGACCUUCGGGUCAACAACCCAUCUAAGGUUUAUCGUCGUAUAUACCUUGACCGCGUCGAAACAUAUCUUUCCAAAGACUCUUGUCGACUUUUUGUGAACCAACUGCAUACAUAGUACAUUCAUCACAUAGGAGAUAAAUCCGCCAUGGCUUCCAGUAAACCGGCCUUCUACCGCAACGCAUCCUCCACUGGUCCCGCGUCCGGGAUGACCACCCCCUCCAUCGUCCUACCCCCGGAGAUGGUCGAGAUGCACGCCCCUACCCCUGUCGCCCAGUCUUCUACACCGAUCAUCACCGCACCCCAGGCCGACCUUUCCUCCUUGGACCUCUCGCUACCCCUUUCGACCCUCUUGAAAUCGGGAACCAAGAUCGCACAUGCCGACGCGGAACAUUCUCCCGGAGCGAUCGCUCUGGCGACGGGGACGUUGGAGUUGAGCGAAUACGUGAGGUACUUGGUCUUUCUCUGGGUCGUCUACCGGGUCUUGGAGGACAAGCUGGACGAGGUGGUCGCUCGGGGCUCGACUUCGAGUUCGACGGACGGAUCGGUCGAUGCGUUGUACGCGCUAUGGAGCGACGAAAAGGGAAAAGGUCGGAUGCUCCGUCGUUCGGACGGUCUGGCCGAGGAUAUCAUCUAUUACCUCGACUACCUCAACAUCCCGGCUCCUUCCUCUGAAAGACAACUCGACUCGAUCCCCUUUCCCACCCCUGAUUUGGUCAGGGAUAUCAUCACCUCUCCUCCCUCGGAUCUCCAAGCGUUUACGGACCACCUGACGUCCACCUCGGCCUCACCGCAUCCAGGUCGGCUGCUCGCACACGCCUACGUCCGUUACCUAGGAGAUCUCUCUGGAGGGCAACUCGUCGCCGCCAAGAUCCGACGUGUCUACUCUCUGCCGCCUCCUCCGGGCGGCACGGCAUUUUACGAGUUUGACCUCGACGAGGAAGGGAACGGGCGGGGUGUGAGCGUGUAUAAACAGGGAGGCAAGGAAGGGGAGGGUGGGGAUACGUUGUAUGAGAGGAAGAAGAAGGUCGAGGGGAUCAAGAAUUGGUUCAGAGACUGCAUGGAUAUGAACGUCGGGGAUGAUGAGGCGUUGAAAGCCGAGCUCGUACAAGAGGCCAUCACGUCGUUCCGCCUAUCUACCCGGAUCUUUAGCCUGCUUCAACCUCCCUCGCCUUCGACGACUCCCGCUGGGUCCGCUGGAUCAUCGACGAUGGGCACGUUGCAACAACGGCGUCACGUCCCCGGUGCCAACGAGCCUGCCGCUAGCGUCGCUGUCGAAGAGAAGAGCAAGAGCGAGAAACCCUCCACCUCGUCGUCCUUGAACAGGAACAAGAUCAACCCGGCCGAGAACCCUUACCUGCCGGCGAAUACCGAACGGAUGAUCAAGCUCGGGCUGUUGGUCUUUGUCGUCGUCGCUUACAAGGUGAUGAGCUAUUUAAUGCUGGAAGAGGGCGAAGGAUUCGAUAGGGCCGGAUCGAGAUUGGCCAAACUGUUGGGGUAUGAUUAGCGAUCUGUAGGGUAUGAGAUUUGUAGCUGGGGAUCCGUUGCAGGUUAUGGACCGAGUUAGAGUUGCAUGGUGUAAUAUAGUCCUCUCUGUUGUUCUUCAUGGGGUCCCGGUUCCGUACUCUCCGCGUCUAAUAUUGUAAUCCCAGAACAUAGAUAUCUGCCUCUCUCUACCUUGCAUCAACCGAC